AUGGUUUUGAUAAGUCGUUUCGUACCGUCACUCACAGCUCCAACCGUUGAGACCACUCUAGCUUUCGCGAACCUGAAUUUUGCUUUCAGUCUGGGAGGCUCCAAAGGAAUUUCUUGGUCUGGAAACUCCUGUCCCGCCAUUGUCGCGAAUCCGCCGAGAUUGGGCCUACGAAUAUCACCGCGAGGAAACUUUGGUGCUCCAUUUGCACAAGUUGUUCCUUCGAUCCCGAAGUUGGAGGAGGAAUAUGGGAAACGAGUGUCCGAGAUUGCGGGCUCGUCUGACAUUAACCCGCAAGGCCUGCGAAGUGACGGUAUUUUCGCGGAUUAUAUUGGAGCGGAUGGAACACCGAUAUGGGCGGCCGCCACGUCUGGGAGUCCUACCAUAUCGGUUCAUUUGUUGGCAUGCAUGCUCGCCCGAGUAUGGUCUGCGCCAGAAGCAAUUUCGAUCUGGUCAGAGUUAGUUGCCGAACGCAAGAGGGCGCUCGGGACGGUGAACCACGCCGAACCACUCGGGUAUGGCGAUCUUUUGGCGUCACACGUUCAAAUGUCGCGGGAACAGCUUGCAGAAUGGGAAAAUAAAGCGCGUGUAUGGUUGCGGCGUGCCGACCAAGCUAAGAAGAUUGAGCAAACACAAGUGAAAUUAAUUCUCGAUAAUAUAACCGUCUGUGUCAAUGCAAGGUCUACUACUACCUAUGCAAGCACAAUCGAUGCCUGGAGAUUCUGCUUUGGUGGGAAUGGACCGUCUGCACCCAUGAAGUAUGUUCUUUCCUCAACCGCCGUGUCUAUUCUUGCAUCGUGCCAAUAUUUUAACAGAACGCCAUCUCGCAGAUAUUAUGGCGAUCCAGUACAAGCUCAUGUAACCCUUAGUGAAGCUGCAACGCGUGUGACUAUGGACGAGUUCGGCGAGUUCGACGUCCUCGUCCUAGGCACGAUCAUUUCAGGGUGGGGCGCCGGUGGACGCAAUUCCGUAGAAGCAGUGAGGAUGGUUAUUACUCUUCAUAAGGUUGUUCAAGCCCAGCGGUACCCGAAAUGGCUAGAUAUCGUUGCAUCGGCAGCCUGUAUGUUGGUAGAAGCAAAGGGCGUCGAACGCGCCGUACUUCUGAAACUAAUCAAUCUCGCGCGGCGGAGGGGUUCGAGUUUUUUAUGCGAUCCUAAUUCGCAUCCGAAUCCUCUCUUUUCUCUUGUACAGUUCGAAGUCUUCCUGCCGCUACUAAUGGACGAUGAAGAUAGGAUUGAUAUUCUAAGGGAAUAUGCUCCCGCUUUCUUCCCGGAGGCUCGAGCAGACGAGGGAAUAAUUAGGUACCGAUUCAAAGGUUUUCUCAAUCAACAACAACAAGAAGAAGAGGAAGAAGAGGGCGGAGGAGAGCGGGAAGAAGGAGAGAAGACCAAACUAUCGUUGCCUCUCACCAUAAAAUGCGGGCAGGUACCUCAGAAAACCCACCAUCGCUGGGUCGAUGAGAGGUUACAAGCGAAUAUAUUCCGUGACUCGCGUAUUACCAAUGACAAGUACAAUCAGACGGAUUUAGUGCUGCUCUCCAUGAGCGCCAACAGGAGACAGCGGGUUGGCCGGAAUACUUCUCCAGGCGAUAAUGGGAAUGAUUCGGCGCCCAAGACGCUCACCUACCAUCAUUUCGUCGGCGAUCCCAACUCAGCUUCUCUUUUUGUUAUUUCUAACCUUUACGAAGCGUACAAGCAGGCAUCAAGCGGCCCAUUGUGGUCCCGGAAACCUAAUUUGCUCCGUUUCGAUGACAUUAGCCGGAUCCUUGAACGAGGGAGAGUGGACCGCAAAAAGCUUGCGCAACAGCUUUAUCCCGCCAAAAUCAAUUACCAACUUGACUCGCCAAAGGUGGUCAUAGGGACAAUUGUGGAAAAGAACCAGCGCGCUAAAAAUUAUGAUGACUAUUUUACUUCGUUGAAAUGCGGUCGUGGAAUCAACCUUCCGCCAUUCAAAUUUGAAAAUGUUAUGGCUCUAUCGUCAGGAAACUUCUUAUACAUCAGUGCUCCGCUCCUUUGUGAUCCUUCCGACAAGGUGGCGGCCAGCAACAUCCGGCUCCUCCAAGUCAUGACACCAGAACUCGACAAUUGGAGAUCCAUUGAUCAUCCCGUCUAUGAAGGCCAGCUUGAGGAUACCUUCAGGGGAACAAGACUCCACCUCUCUUUCACGGACUGGUCUCCCCCUAUCGACCUGGGCCGCGGCCACCGAGACGCUGAAGCAUAUGUUGUCGAAUCAGCCGUAUCAGUAAACGACAAUGGGCGAUGGAUUGCCGAUCUCGGUGUCCUCGACUCCCUCAAAAACGGCUGCGGGCAAUUCGAUCAUAAGCUCUUCUUCGAAUCCGGCUCGGCGACUGCUGCCACCCAAAAUGCAACGCUGGGAGGAGGGAGACUUUGUGGACAAAGGAAAUCUCCUGCAUUAACUACAAGUUGGGAUGAAUUCCUCGAGCGACCUGACACAUCGCCAGUGGCGAUGACGCACAAGAAUUGGCUGGCCAGGCUAUCGAUUGCGGUUCUUGCAAUCCGGCGUGGCGAUCGUCUCUUCCUCAAUGAUAGGUUCUGUAUCCAAUGUCUGGAGGAUUUGGAAGCUUUCGACCCGGCGCUUCCAGCGAAGGUACUUUUUGUCGUCUGA